AUGUCCAUCGAAAAUCUCAAGACCUACGAUCCCUUCGCCGAAGCCGACGAGGACACCGGAGAAACCAAGCAAACGCAGAAUUACAUCCAUAUACGUAUCCAACAGCGUAAUGGUCGUAAGGCUUUGACCACGGUCCAGGGUCUCCCAAAGAAGUUUGACCAGAAGAAGAUUCUCAAGGUCAUUAAGAAGAAAUUUGCCUGCAAUGGAACCAUCGUUACCGACACCGAGAUGGGAGAGGUGAUCCAGCUUCAGGGCGAUCAGCGCAAGGAUGUCCACGAAUUUUUGGUCGACAAGAAGGAAGGCCUCGAGCUAGACCCCAAGACUAUCAAAGUCCACGGUUUCUAA